CGGAAGUACGUCACGGCGCCGAAGCAGUUUGGUGCAGCGCUGCUUCCGGUCCUGAGUCACGGUGAGGGAAGAGAAUGGCUCCGCCGGGAGAAUGCAAGAUGUCCGGGGACGGAGCGGAGCAGAUGGAAAUGGAUGAAACUCGUAGUGGCACUGGAUUGCGGCAGUAUUAUUUGUCAAAGAUCGAGGACCUGCAGCUGGUUGUCAAUGAUAAAAGUCAAAAUUUGAGGCGUCUCCAGGCUCAAAGAAAUGAACUGAACGCUAAAGUGCGUCUCUUGCGGGAGGAGCUGCAGCUGCUUCAGGAGCAGGGCUCCUAUGUGGGUGAGGUGGUGAGAGCCAUGGACAAGAAGAAAGUUCUGGUCAAGGUCCACCCCGAGGGGAAGUUUGUUGUGGAUAUUGAUAAAAAUAUCGAUAUAAAUGAUGUGACACCAAAUUGUCGUGUUGCAUUGCGUAAUGACAGUUACACACUGCACAAGAUCCUGCCCAACAAGGUGGAUCCACUGGUAUCACUGAUGAUGGUAGAAAAAGUUCCAGAUUCCACAUAUGAGAUGAUUGGAGGAUUAGACAAGCAGAUAAAAGAGAUAAAGGAGGUCAUCGAGCUGCCUGUCAAGCACCCCGAAUUGUUUGAGGCUUUGGGAAUUGCACAGCCCAAGGGAGUGCUGCUGUACGGACCUCCUGGCACUGGGAAGACUCUCUUGGCCCGUGCUGUCGCUCAUCAUACAGAUUGCACGUUUAUAAGGGUGUCUGGCUCUGAACUUGUACAGAAAUUCAUCGGGGAAGGGGCCCGAAUGGUGCGGGAACUCUUUGUAAUGGCUCGUGAACAUGCUCCUUCCAUUAUCUUCAUGGAUGAGAUUGAUUCCAUUGGAUCCUCCAGGCUGGAGGGAGGUUCAGGAGGGGACAGUGAGGUCCAGCGGACAAUGCUUGAGUUGCUGAACCAGCUUGAUGGAUUCGAAGCCACUAAGAAUAUCAAGGUCAUUAUGGCAACUAACAGAAUUGAUAUUUUGGACUCUGCCCUACUUCGCCCUGGCCGUAUCGACAGGAAGAUUGAGUUCCCUCCUCCUAAUGAAGAGGCACGUCUAGACAUUCUGAAGAUUCACUCCCGAAAGAUGAACUUGACUCGUGGUAUCAACCUCCGUAAAAUUGCAGAACUGAUGCCUGGAGCAUCAGGGGCCGAGGUGAAGGGAGUGUGCACAGAAGCUGGGAUGUACGCUUUACGUGAAAGAAGGGUACAUGUGACACAGGAAGAUUUUGAGAUGGCUGUAGCCAAGGUGAUGCAGAAAGACAGUGAGAAGAACAUGUCUAUAAAGAAGCUUUGGAAAUAAAAGGGCCGGGAAGUACCGGAUACUGUCAUCUCGCAAAAUAUAUCUUCAGUUUGACGGUGUCUGCUCAGCUGAUGCCAACUUGUCCAAUCAAUGUUAGGAACUCGGUUCUGAGUAUCAGGCCCCUUAUUUUGACUUUGCUACAAGUGUUGCCAACCCCCUGCGAACUCAGAGAGAUCUGUAAUCCACAGCAAAGCAUUGCAGGUGCUUUUUCUUUUUUAACUGGGGGAGGUAGCACAAAGAGAAUUCUACUCUGAUCUCACACAUCGUUCAGCAUGUGUCCUUAAAUAUAUAUAUCAAAUUAAUCUAGAAGCCAGAAACCCAUAUACUUAGUCUCAGGCUGGGUAGAGAAUCAAUUAAACUCCCCACGAGCCAAAAUCAGGUUUUUGUGCAACAGUGAGCAGUUUGGGUAUUGCGGAUUUUGUUUUACAGUUUCUAGAAAAUUAUGCCAGGGGUUUGUGUUUGUAAUACUGAUGAAAACAAUUCCAUGAGGUCUGUUUAAUAAACAAGAGAAACCAUUUAAAAA